AUGACGACGCAUUGGAACCGGCCCAUGAGUUGCACAUGGACGUACGUCUACGACAGCGAUCUACCGGCCGGCGUCUCGGAGCCGAUUGCGUAUCUGGAUCUGGAGCCCCUUCCCGGCGCUUCGACCCUGUCGUGUUAUCCCGAUGGCAUGUUUUACGAUGGACGCACCGGCGUCUUCAGCCCUGCUACGUGCCCGCAUGGAUGGACGACGGUGUCUCUCGCGGUCAACACGGACCAGAGCGCGGAUGAGGCAACCACCACUGCCCUGUGCUGCUCGUCCGAAUACUACUAUGCCGGUGGCCAUUGCAGGCGCCAGGUCCCUACGGUGCUGGCAGUCCCCAUUAUCUACAACCACACAGCCGCCACCUACGACGUCUUGACCAACUCAACCACCACGCUCUACAGCGCCACCAUUGCCGUCAACACCAUCCGUGCGCUCUUCAGGGAAGAAGACAAGCCGCUGCUGGGCCUGACAAACGAGGACGACAUCGACGACGAACCGGAGGACGACCGCGGGCUGUCGCUGGGCGCCAAGAUCGGCAUCGGGGUUGGUGUCGCCCUCUUCGGCCUCUUCGCCCUGGGCGCGGGCAUCUUUCUCUACUUGUGGGGGCGAGAGCGCAGGAGGAAGCGUUGCACGGGUCAGACGUCGCACGAGCUUGGCGUCGUGCAGCGGACACAGGGACAAAUGUACGGCACCAGCCCGCAUCCGCGAGACCGGGCACGCGAUGCCGAGCCGCCGCCGGCUUACGACUUCACGCCCGAAACCGGCAGCAUUGCGGAUGGUCAUGCUGGCGAGACUGUGUCCGUGGCUCGAGACGGCGAGAUUCAGGUCCUGAUGGCCCAGAAGGCGGCUAUUCAGCGGCGGAUCGAAGAGUUGGAGAGGGCGUCGGGGGAGGAGAGUCGGGAUGAACCUCGCGAGAGGUGA